GGCUGCCUCUCUGCCUCAAAUACUGGUCCAUGAUAGCACAGGGGAGGAGUUUUAUGAUGUCAGCUAAGAGGAGUUUCUACACACAAUGUCAGCUCCCGGUCUCCAUCUCACCAGCAGCGUGAAGGCAUAGCAGUGAGGAACUGCAGAUACACCACCCUUCUUCAAAGGUCACUGUCCUGUCGCAUUGCCAACAUCUAACUGUCUGUAACAGGAAUCACCAUGGAGAACAAUCUGGAAAACAAUAUGGAGCCUAAAUCGGAGCAGGACGAAAUGCAGCGAUGUGCUGACCAGAUCACGGAUGAGUCUCUGGAAAGCACCCGUCGAAUGCUGCAACUGGUGGAGGAGAGCAAAGAUGCCGGGAUCAGGACUCUGGUUAUGUUGGAUGAACAAGGGGAGCAACUGGAGAGGAUUGAAGAGGGAAUGGAUCAAAUCAAUAAGGACAUGAAAGAAGCAGAAAAAAAUCUCUCGGAUCUGGGCAAAUGCUGCGGCCUUUGUUCCUGCCCCUGCAAUAAGUUAAAGAACUUUGAGGCAGGAGGAGCCUACAAGAAGGUGUGGGGGAAUAACCAGGAUGGUGUGGUGGCCAGCCAACCUGCCCGAGUGAUGGACGAUCGGGAACAGAUGGCAAUGAGUGGCAGAUACAUCAAAAGAGUCACAGACGAUGCUCGGGAGAAUGAGAUGGAGGAAAACCUGGACCAAGUGGGAAGCAUCAUUGGUAACCUGCGACAUAUGGCCCUUGACAUGAGCAAUGAGAUCGGCUCCCAGAAUGCUCAGAUUGACCGGAUUGUGGUCAAGGGGGAUAUGAACAAAGCUCGCAUCAAUGAAGCCAAUAAGCAUGCCACAAAGAUGCUGUGAUCAGCUUCUCUAGAAGAAGCCUCCUUUCUGCCAGAGACACCCAUCCCAUCCUCCAUUGCAGCAUCUAAAUGGUCCUGGAGGGGCAAGUCCCCUGUGCUGUGAUAGGAAACCACGAGGUUCAAUAUUAUUCUGUACAUUUACAUUUAUUUUAUAAUUUCUCAGUGUCGCAGAUUUUUCCAGUUGUGUAAGGUGUAUAUUUCAGUGUCAACGUGUAUAAUUGCCUGCCCAGAGUGAAUUAAGUGUAUUCUUUUAUUUUUAAUCUUUGUGCUGACUGGUUCUUUUUAUGAAUGAAUUGUUCUCCGUAACCAUGUGACAAGUUGAGCAUGAACCAAGCUCAGUGUGUGCAGAAUAUGCCAAUAAACAUACAGCAGAUUCCUAGACCCUCUUUAAAACACCAUCCUGGUGCAGUAAAGGGUUAGAGCUCCUCUGAAACUUGGACUGAGGCAGAGAUCACAGGCAACCAGAAAUAAAGAGGAGAACUGAAGACUGACAAAGGACACAAUUGGUGCUGGGAAACCUUAUUGUGAGUUCUUUCCACAGAGCAGUGUGCGCCAAGGAGUGGAAACAUCCAGGUUUUGCCUUGUCGCCUAGAGGCAGCUGAGAAUUUAUUCUUGUUAGUUCUUGGCUAAGUAUGCUCCAAUAGUUUUUUCUUCAUUCUGCAUGGGAUUCAGUUUGAUGCUCAGAAUUAGAGUAUGGAGGAAUGGCUUUCAGGGCUGAGAUCAAAUGGGUCUUGAACAGAACUGAGCUUACCUUGUUCAUUGUAAAGAGACAGCCUUCACCCUGUGUUCUUGUAGAGAAUAGGAAUUGCAUUUAUAAUUAUAUGUGCAUGUUUAGUGCACUAACGGUCUAAGUUUUUCUUAAAGUUGCAAAUGCUGAAUCUCUGAUAUAACAACAGAAAGUAUCAGAAAUGUAAUCGUUGUUUGAAAAGUAAGUAACAAUUACUAUUUGAGGUCAGACCCUUCUUUCAGAGGUAAAGUUAACAUGAACCUGUGUUCUCUCUUCCAGUUGCUGCCUUGUUUUUGAGGUACAAGGUAACAUUCAGGGCUUUGCUCUACAGGCAUAUCAGAAAUCAUUAAAAUGUUAAGCCGUAAAAAAAGCAUUACUUGGGAAUACCGCCAUUUAUUUUUGCUGCAUUUUGGAGUGACAAAAUUGAAAACUGUGUGUUCUGGACCAGUUAGUUCGUGCAACGCCAGGUAAAACUUUGUUAAAACUUUCAAUUUGAAAUUCCAAAUGCAGUAUCCAGUCUGAAGUUUUUUGCAAUAGAAACUGAUGUUACUGCCAGUCGUCCUAUUUUUACCUUCAGGCAACGAUGUCAUUUAUAUGUUAGUGUUGUUAUAUUCUGAGAUUUUGACAUCUUGUGACACAGCUGCAUAUUCUUAACUGUGGCAUUUUUUGUAUCAGUUAAAAAAGGAGGCCUUUCUCCCAUCAUGUCUGUGCUAGUCUUUUGGUGGAUUUCACUCAGUUAGAUGCACUCCCCCGCUCUUGCUGACAGCUUACUUUUUUGUUUUGUCCUUUUUAAGUAUUUAUCUAACUCCUCUUUGAAAGUUUCUAUUGAAUCUGUUUCCGUCACCCUCUUGGGCUGCCCUUUCAAGAUGUCAAUAUUUCACUGCAGCUAUUUAGAUAUACAGAACUGAGUGUUGCUGGAAAUACAACAACAUUUAUCAAAGCUUGCUCUCACCAGAUCAAUUUACAAUAAGUAGCAAUGUAAUGGGAAAACCACAUCGAUACUGCACAUACAAUGUGACAGUGUAACAUUGCUAUUUUUGUGUAUCCCUGAUGAAUGCAAGAUGAAAAACUUCAACAAAUGUUUUUCUUCUGCAAUGCGCAACUCAGUGUUUUAAAAAAUCUCAUCUCCUUCUCUCAUUCUUUUGCCAUCUCUUCAUCUCCAUCACUUGACAAAUGUUUUAAAUCUGUGUCCUCUGCUAACAUGAUUUCCCACCAGUGGAAACAGUUUAAUUCUUCAUCUUUCUGGUUGAAAGGUACACUUGAAUUCACUGUCUAUUAAAGAACAUUCCAUUCCAACGAUGCUUGUGACUAAGUAAGGGAGCUUGCAAUGACAUGUAACCUUAAAGAUGUCACUACACAAACUGACUGGACAGUUCCAUGUCAGAGUGACGCACGCUAAAUACUUUUUCUCUGCUCUAGUUUUUGUACCUAGUUCCAUCUUAAAUGACACAAGAAGUGGAAGAUUCUGGACACUCUCACCAGCAGUGUUCCCUCAAGGCCACAACCCCUGGGAGGUUCUGUACAGUUUGAUUAGUGCAUUUGGCACAUGGACCUUGGAACUCCACACAGUGGAAAACGUAUUACAGGGAACAUUUCUCUGCAGGGCAGCCACCAUUUGUGGAGAGAAACAAGAAUUAGCGGUUUCAGCUCAGCGACCUUUGUUCAGAAAAAUAAUGGAAAUCCAUCAGCCUGAAGCGUGAACUCUGCUUCUUGCUUCAUGGAUGCUGCCGAACCUGCAGAGUGUUUCCAGUGUUUCCUUUUCCAUUUCAGAUUUCCAGCAUCUGAAAUAUUUUCCUUUGGUUCACAUUUGGUAUUAUGUGGACUUUGCAGUCAUGUAGUGUCAUGGAUGCUUUUUACAAGUGAACACUAAUUUCACUUCUCAGGAUGGGCCUAGGUUUCUUCUGCUCGAAAAACCAGCGAGAGAUCAGAUGUUCCCUAAGCAGGCCAGCGACAGGAUUUGUGAUUCAUGGGUGUUCGGGAGUUGGAUGAAUCAGCACAAAAAAGAACAGCACAAUCAACAAAAACUCAAACUGAAGGAGUGUCCAGCGAAGAAGUAGAAUUGGAGACUGAAGGAGUGUCCAGCGAGGAAGUAGAAUUGGUGGCAGGGAUGCAGAGUGUCAAAUGAAACUGAAGACUCCUCAGUUUUAUGAAGAUCAGUAAAACAACACUGGGGGCCACAUUUUGGGGGCUUCAUUUACUUUUCAUAAUUGUAAAUAGAGCAAAUAAUUCCAUAAUCCACAGCCAAACUUUAGAUGUGAAGUGGGGAACUUUAAUUCCUGGCUGCACACAGUAGGAUGCAGCUCCUCCACUAUCACAAAUUGAGGAUCUUGAUUGAUUAUUUUAAACAGUGAGGGGAGGGUGGAUGCUGUCUCUUUAGAUGCUCGUUAACCUGUUGGUCCAGUGUUACUAUGGUAACCUAAUGGUUUUCUGCACCAAUGAAAGUAGCACAAAUGUCUCUCUGCAAAUAUCAUCGCGGCCUGACCCUACCCCACCCCCAGCCGGCCUUGCAAGAGAUCUGCAUGCGGCCUGUGUGGAAAUACAAAACGGCUUUGGUCGCCCUCCCUAUACCCCGUCCCGCCAUCCAGGAGAUCUUUGGUGCAGACGGUUUGUUACCGCUUACCCAGCUCCGAGGUCUGUUCUUCCUUCACCAGUUUAAACUAUGCAUCUGCUAAUAGUGCAUGGCAGUGUUUGAAUCCACCACCCUGGGACGCUGCUCACGGCCCCAGAAUUACACCGAAGCCUAUUCCCAGUUUCUGCUUGUGUUCGCUUCUUCGUAAUCUUUACCGUUACCGAGAUACAACUGGGCUUUUAAACCCUAAAGCGAAGUGGAGUCCGCUGCUAGCACUUCACCUCAAGACCAUUCUUUCACUAUUUGUGUUGAGCAUUUGAUAAAUCUUUUCCUCGCUGUUUCGUGGCUCAGCCCAUCUGUACCAUCUAUCUGAAGAUUGACAAUGCGGUUUGUCAAUUUCUUCAUAUUUUGAUCCCCCUCCCAGUGCCUGGAGAACUCCACCUGAGCUGAAACCUGAGCUCCAAUUCAGCGUACCCCAAGAUACACCGCACAAUCUGCCUCCUACUGAGCCUCAGAGAAACAAACCCUGCUCCCAUCGCCAGCUCCAGCAUCGCAGCAAAAAAGUGGAGACAAAAACGGGUCUUUGUGUAUAAAGCUGCUGAAAUCUCCCCGACCGCAUCAAGUUCCUUGGACGGUGUCAAAAUGAGUAAUAACUCCAUACAUGUAUGAAAGGAAAAAUCAAUUUUAAAAUAGCUAACAACCACCAUGUAUUUACAAGUGGAAUUAAUGGUACGUUUUUCAUUGUGUGUACGUGCACACACCCCACCAGAUAAUACUUUAAUAAAAAAAAUUGAUUUAAUUGUGUUCAUUGUCUUGUGAGCCAGACUUGUUAAUUAACGAAAACUUGAAAAAUGUGGGAAAUACCGAAUAAUGUCAUUAUCUAUAAGAUCAGGAUAGGGAGAUCCCAGAAGUUUUAAAGGAAUCCAUUCACCUCAACUUCACUGUACCUGUUUAACACGGAUCAGCUGAAAUGGAAAUUUGCAAACUCCCUAUAUUCACUGUGCUUGCCAUAAAAUAUUCUUUAAAAAUACUUUAUUCAUAAAAUCUGAAGAAGAGAUUACAAAACAUUUCAAUUUGAAUAUUACAGAAAUUGCUAUCAAAUUCAACUUGUCCCUGUAGAGCAUGUUCCACUUAACGCAAUUACAGCUGUCUUAAUGUUUACAUUCCAUGUCUCAUAUAUACAGCCCAAGGACCAAACAUUUCAAGUUGUAAAUUGUAAUUAAUUUAAAGCUGAUGUGGGCAUUUUCUAUGAGUGCAUGUAAUGGGCUUUAUUGGGAAGCAUUUUUAUGAUGGUCACCUCCAAGUGUGGACACCUCUGUGAUGGUCAGUAGGUGUGGACACUGUUGUGAUGGUCAUUAGGUGUGGAUGCUUCUGUGAUGGUCAGUAAGUGUGGGCAAUUUUGUAAUGGUCAGGGAACCCCAAUUCAAAAAGCAAGGCUUCGCAGGUUAAGGAUCUGGGAAGACCUUUUAGGAUAGAGAUGAGAGGAAUUUCUUCACCUAGAAAUAGGUAAGCCAGGAGGAUUGUUUGCCACAGGAAAUCAUUGAGACCAAAGCAUUGAAGGCAUGCAAGAAAGUUGUAGAUAUAGUUCUUAGUACAAAAAAGAUCUAAGGAUAUGGAGAGAAAGUGAGAGCAGGGUACUGGGUUGGAUGACUAACCAUGAUUAUAUUGAAUGGUGGAACAGGUUUAAAGGACUGAAUGGCAUAUUUCUCCUAUUUUCUGUUUCUAUGUCAGUGGAUCUACCUACCUCUGUUGACACUGUUGGGCUCUGAGUCAGCACUAAUCUGAAGUAUUGGUGGGUCUAACUGUGAAGGACACUAUGGUAAGGACCAGGUAGAGACGCGUUCUGUAGCUAGGUUCCUAUCUAAGGUAUAGUUGGCUUUCUGUGAAUGGGGUCUGUAUGUCUGGGUUCCUGUGAGUGAGUGACAGUGUGCCUGGGUUACUGUGAGUGAGGAACAUUAUGGUUGGGUUUCUAAGAGUGAGGAAUUGUACAGUUAGUUCCUUUGAGUGAGGGACUGUACAACUGUGUUCCUGUGAGUGAGGGACUCUACGGUUGGGUUCCUGUGAGUGUGGGAGUAUAAGGCUUGAUCCUGUGAGUGAGGGUCUGUACAGUUGGGUUUCUUUGAAUGAAAGUCUGUAAGAUUGGGUUCUUGUAAGUGAGUGACGGCAUCUUUGGGCUCCUAGAGAGGGAGGAACUGUAAGCUUGUGUUUCUGAGAGUGAGGGCCUGUGUGGCUGUAUGUGCUGAGCUUCUGUAAAUGGGGGAUUCUGUCAUUGACUCUCUUGGUGAGGUGCUCCCGUGAAAUGAUUCAGUGGCUAUUGUGAGUUGGAAAUGGAUCCCCUGGACGUUCAUCUGUUUUGGGAUUUUCCUAGAAAAUAUUUCUCAUUUACACUUCCAUAUUAACUUUAGCUGCUCAGGUACAGCCAGUGUUAACUACAUUGUGUGAAUUCAUAGUCGCCUCCACUACAAUCUAACAUUCACAGCAGCAUAAGACAGACUGUUCCAAUUUGGCACUAAUAUUAAAACCACAGAGACACUAAGCCUAUUUUUAUUUCUGCACGGGUGCAUCUGUUAUACCUGUAUACUUAUACCUGUUUUCACCUUGUGCUAGUAGCACGACCUUCUAAUCCAACAUUUCCUUCGCUCCCUAGAGAAAAUCAGGUGCAGGAUCUAUUAAAUCCCUGGAUGAUUAAAGCUGAUUUUGGGAAUGCUGUGCAUUAACUGCCCUGGGGUAAAGGGACAAUUUGCAGCAUGAAAUGGGAUGCCCGCUGGUUGGUCCCAAUUGGCAUGCAGGUCAUUGCCAUGUUUCCGUCCAUAUGUCGAUCGAUCCCCUGUCAUUUACAGACCUCUUCUGGAAGGCUUAGCUUGUCAUUCAGUUCAGCAAGAAAAUGUGAAACAGAUACACUGAAGUCUCAAGGCUGAGAGGAUUCAUUUGGUAAACAGGUCCCACAAACUGUUGCUAUCAGCGAGGGAAUCACAGGCAACCCAUCCUUGUCAAGCUGAGUAUUUUCAGGGAAGAAAACUUUUUCUCUUCGAUUACUUACUCCUGACAGUCCCCAUCUCCUUCAAACUUGCAUUUCCACAUUUUCUCCUGCACCCAGGUUGAUCAAGUGCUUUCGUUCCUUUAGGCCCUGUCUGAGAUUCACUGUCAGUAGAUCUAUGAUCUGCCUUGUUUACUGCACGUUAGUGUUUAACAUGUAACUUCUGUUCAAUGCACAGAAAUAAUGAUUGUGUGACCAAUGGCUAUAUCACUAUUGUAUUCACCCAGUCCAAUGUACAACUUAAACUAUCAGUUCUGGCAAUACACUACUGUUAAACAGAAAAUAAAUAAAGAAAUGCAUCAAAAUUUCUAAUACAA